AUGGCAGAGGAUAGAAUGGAAAUUGAUGAUCCUUCCUUGGUAGAGGAAACCAAACCAGAGGGAACAAAGCAAAAGAAGAGAUUUGAAGUGAAGAAAUGGACUGCGGUUGCGUUUUGGUCAUGGGAUAUCGCAGUUGAAAAUUGUGCUAUCUGUAGAAAUCAUAUCAUGGAGCCCUGCAUUCAGUGUCAACCUACAGCAAUGACAGACACUGACAAUGAAUGUGUGGCUGCUUGGGGUACCUGUAAUCAUGCUUUCCAUUUACAUUGCAUAAAUAAGUGGCUCCAGACGAGAAACGCGUGCCCGCUGGAUAAUCAACCCUGGCAAUUUGCGAAAUACGGUAGAUGA